GUGUGCAUAUAAAUAGUGAUCAGUCUACAGGAACCAGGGACUGAGGCAGAUAGGCUAGCUCCUGCUUCAAGUAAUCUUUAAUUAACUACAUUUGGUAACUCUGUAAGGUGGUGUUUGAAUUAGCUGAGUUGGUGUGUGUGAUUAGUACCAGGUGAGUGGUUUAAUUGAAUAGAAGUUGUUUUGCUAUCUGAUUGGUUUCCACGCAGUUGUUUUUUUAAUAUAUAUUAAGCAGCCUAUUUUAGCGCCAGCCAGACGCGCCAGCCAACCGAAGAGCCUCAACAAAAGAGCCGGGAGUCUAGCUGUGGGAGUCCAGCGAGGGGAGGCCUGCGCUGAGACGCUGUUCGACUAGAUCCGAACCUAACAGCGCUCUGGAAGAAGCCAUCUACUAGUCAGGUCUGUAUCCUCCACCCCACUGCUCCUACUGUGCCUUUUGUCUUGCUUGUCCUGCUAUGACUGUCUCUCACAUCCCUGUUCUGUCCUCCCGUCCUUGUCCUCUGCCCUCCCUCCGCUGUUGCUCCUCCAACCCCUCUAACCUCAUUUCUCUGCCUCUCCCCCCCUCCCGCACACUCUCUGGUGCACUCUGGAACUGUCACUCUUCUGCUAACAAAGCUGAUUUCAUCUCUGCCUUUGCCUCCCACCUCUCGCUCGAUUUCCUUGCUCUCACUGAAACCUGGCUGUCCCCUGAUAACACUGUUACUCCUGCUGCCCUGUCCUCUCUCUACGUCCUGUCCCAUACCCCGCGUCUCACCGGACGGGGAGGUGGGACGGGUCUUCUCCUCUCUCCCUCCUUACUCUUUUCUGUCCCCUCUGAUCUCACCUCCCUCUCUGUCACUACCUUUGAAUUUCAUGCAGUCCAACUAACCUCUCCCUGUCAACUCCUGCUCAUUGUUUUGUACCGCCCCCCUGGGCCUCUCACUCACUUUCUGGAUGAACUCGACUAUCUACUCUCCUCCCUCCCCUCUCUGUCUACCCCGACUGUCCUGUUGGGUGACUUCAACAUCCAUCUCUCCAACCCCAGCCACUCUGCUGGAUUCCUCCCUCUCCUUCACUCCUUCGACUUCUGUCUCUCUCCGUCUCCUCCUACCCACAAAGCUGGCCGUCAACUGGACCUCACCUUCUCCAGGGCCUGCUGCCCCUCCAACCUCUCUGUCACCCCCCUGGACCUCUCUGAUCACUAUUUCAUCUCUUUUUCUCUGUCUCUCCCCCCUCUCCCUGCUCCUCCUACCCCCACUGUCACCUCUCGCCGUAACCUCCGCUCUCUCUCCCCCUCUGUCCUUGCCUCCACUGCUCUCUCUCACCUCCCUCCUAUCGACUCCUUUUCACAACUCUCCGUAGACUCUGCUACCUCCACCCUCUUCUCCUCACUCACCUCCUCCCUCGACUCCCUCUGUCCCCUCACCUCCCGACCCGCUCGCCCCUCCCCUCCCCAUCCCUGGCUCUCCUCUGUGCUCCGCUCGGCAAGAAUCACACUGCGAUCUGCUGAAAAGAAAUGGAAGAGAACCAAACUCCCUGCUGCCCUAGACCUUUACCGCACUCUUCUCUCCUCCUUCUCCUCUACUCUCUCCUCUGCUAAAUGUGCUUAUUUCCAAUCUGUAAUCCAAGCCUCCACUAACAACCCACGUAAACUAUUCUCUACCUUCUCCUCCCUCCUAAACCCUCCCCCCCCUCCUCCUCCCUCCUCUAUCUCCCCUGACGACUUUGCCUCCUUCUUCUCUUCUAAAAUCUCAGAUAUCCGCAAACUCUUUAACACCUCUCCCUCCCCCGCACCCCCUCCUGCUCCAACCCCUACACCCACUACAUCCCCUACUAACUCGCCCUCCCUCUCCACCUUCUUGCCCCUCUCAGACUCUGACCUCUCCUCCCUGCUCCAGGGUCACAAACCCACCACGUGUGCCUUGGACCCCCUCCCCACUCACCUCUUUCAAGCUGCUGCUCCUGCUCUACUCCCCUUCAUCUCCUCCCUCCUCAACACCUCUCUACUUUCUGGCAUCUUCCCCUCUGCCUUCAAAAAAGCCUCGAUCACUCCCCUCCUCAAAAAACCUACCCUCGACCCCACCUCCCUCCAGAGCUACCGUCCUGUCUCCCUCCUACCCUUCCUCUCCAAAACCCUCGAGCGGACUGUACACCGCCAGCUCUCUGCUUUCCUGUCCAACCACUCUCUGCUUGACCCUCUCCAAUCUGGCUUCCGCUCUGCUCACUCCACUGAAACCGCCCUUCUGUCUGUCACCAACUCACUUAAGUGUGCCCGAGCUGCCUCUCUCUCCUCUGUCCUAAUUCUCCUCGACCUCUCUGCUGCCUUUGACACUGUUGAUCACUCUAUUCUACUAUCAUCUCUUGCUGACCUGGGGAUCUCUGGCACUGCUCUGGCCUGGUUCUCCUCCUACCUCUCCAACCGCACUUACCAGCACAUCUCCACUCUGGCACGCACUUGCAGAUUCUUCCUGAGCAACAUCCGAAGAAUCCGACCCUUCCUCACCAACUAUGCUACCCAGCUCCUGGUCCAGGCCCUGGUACUCUCCCGCCUAGACUACUGCAACUCCCUCCUGGCUGGCCUCCCUGCGUCCGCCACCCGUCCGCUCCAGCUCAUCCAGAACUCUGCUGCUCGCCUGGUGUUCUCUCUACCUCGCUUCGCCCACGCUACUCCACUACUCCGCUCGCUCCACUGGCUCCCGAUCACCGCUCGCAUCCAGUUCAAGACUCUUGUACUAGCCUACAGAUGCCUUGAUCAGACUGCACCCAGCUACCUCCAGACCCUCAUCUCUCCCUACACCCCCACUCGACCUCUCCGCUCCGCCUGCACUAGAAGACUGGCUCUACCUCCGCUACGCUCCCCUGCCUCCCGAGCCCGCUCCUUCUCCACCCUUGCUCCGCAGUGGUGGAACGACCUCCCUACAGAUGUCAGGACUGCCCAGUCCCUGACCACAUUCCGGCGCCUCCUUAAGACUCACCUCUUCAAACAGCACCUGUAGAACUCCUCUGUUGUAUCCUGGGACACUAUCACCCUUCAUUUAAAUAUGCUUUAUUUUGCUCUUAUCUGCCCCCUAUUUUACUGCAUUUAAUCCUGUACCUCAGAAUAUUGUAAUCUCCCAAGUGUUUAAUCUGUAGUAUUUUGUACUUAAUCAUAUCCUGAUGUAACUAUCACUACUUAAUCAUAUCCUGAUGUAACUUUCACUAUUAUCUGCUGUAUUAUUGAAUUGUGGUUUGUCACACUUGAGAAUUAUUGUAUUUCUUGUUCUUAUUGUAUGACUUAUAUUGUAACACUUGAAUGUAUUUGUAUUUGCUUGCGAUUGUAAGUCGCCCUGGAUAAGGGCGUCUGCUAAGAAAUAAAUAAUAAUAAUA